AUGAGAGCUAAAAUCAAUCUGAAUGCUGGACACUCAUUUCAACGUUCCAAUAAACCCCGCAUAAUCGGAUCAUCGAGACACAGAGUCUAUAAUUUCCUUAUCAAAGACUUUCGGCAACAACUCCGAAGCUCUUCGGACAACGCCGACGACGCUGUUAGGGCAAUUGCUAGCUAUCGGAUGUUAUUCCUAUUGGCUAGAGGAUUAUUUUGUGGGAGUAAAGCGCGCAGUCAUGCCAUCAGCGUAAUCUGGGCUCAUGGGGUACUAUGGCUUUCCAAAUCGAGCUACACCGACAUCACAGUCUUCGAUAUGCAACCAGUUGCCGAACACUUUUACAAUCCCACUGAAGGCAUGGAUAAUUAUGCGCCUCAGCUUGGCACAGAAAUUGACUAUCAACGCCUAGCAUUCGAAGCCGGACUGAAACCUAGUGACAAGUUAUGGUAUUCAUCGGACAUGCUUAUGAUGAGUGCUGUGGAGCAAUAUGGAGAGUUUGAGCCGAAAGCGCUGGAGAACAUGGAAAAGGAAGGAUUGCGGGGGAUGCAAUUCAAGUAUGAUCAUCCUGAGGGUAUGUAUUUUGUCCAUGCAGUGUCUAACACGUCACAAAAUAUUCAAAGAGCAGAAGUUCAUGGCUGGGGAAGAAAAAUUGAUCCUCUUGGGAAGAAGAGACUCGGUUAUAAUACUUCUGUCCUAGAACCAGCUGCAGGUUUCGUGGGCGGCCUAUAA